UACCUGCUGGCCUUCAACGGCGCCUCGUGCGCCGGCUGGGCCUACGUGCUGUACCUGACCGUAACCACGGUGCUGCAGGCGCAUGAGGCUGGCCAGGACUGGAGUCAGGUGGCCCAGAGCACGUGGGACGUGGUGUCGCUGCCCCUCAAGGUGGUGCAGACCAUGGCCGUGAUGGAGAUCGUGCACGCCGCCGUGGGCUUCGUGCGCUCGCCGCUGGGCUCCACGCUCAUGCAGGUGAGCUCGCGCCUAUGGCUCGUGUGGGCCAUCAACGUGCUGUGCCCCGUGUCGCGCUACCAGUUCGGCUUCCCGCUCAUGGUGGCCAGCUGGGGGCUCGUGGAGGUGCCGCGCUACUCGUUCUACGCGCUCAACCUGUACAAUGCGGUGCCCGGCUUCCUCUUCUUCCUGCGCUACCACCUCUUCAUGGUGCUCUACCCGUCGGGCGUUCUCGGCGAGGUGUUGUGCAUGGUGAGCAGCCUGAGCUUCCUGUCCACGGGCGCGUACGCCAUCCAGCUGCCCAACACGCACAACAUCUCCAUCUCGCUCUACGUGGUGGUCAUCCUCGUGCUGCUCGUGUACAUCCCCGGCCUCCCCGUCAUGUACGGCCACAUGCUCACGCAGCGCAACCGC